UCCAAACAGAUUUUCCCGCCCUUUUACACAGAAGAGAGAGCGAGAGAUUUCAAUGGAGUCGAGUGCGAUUGUUGUUGUUGCGGAUGGGAUGAAGGCUUCGGUGACAGUGAACGACAACAAGCCUGCUGUCGUUGCUACUGGCGGUGGUGCCUGCGGUGUUGGGGAGGCCAUUGCUACAUGCGGUGUUGGCGAGGCCAUUGCUACAUGCGAAGGUGGGGAUGUUGCUACCGCUGAGACUCAGAAGACGAAGAAGCUGAAGAACAAGAAUCGGAUUCACAUUUCGCACACCAAGCGUCCAUUCUUCUUCUACUGCAAUCUUGCCAAGAGGUACAUCAAGCAGUACAAUGCAGUUGAGCUCUCUGCAUUGGGAAUGGCUAUUCCUACUCUGAUCACAAUUGCUGAGAGUCUCAAGAGCAAUGGAGUUGCUGUCGAGAAGAGCAUAAGCACCUCUACUGUUGUCUCGAAGCUGGAUAGCGAAGAUGGACGGAUUGUGUUUAAGGCUCAGUUGGCGAUUUUGCUGGGAAAGGCUGAAGAACUCGAGGAGACCGCAGUUCCUGUGGCUGCAGCGUGAUGGCAUAUAUGGUUCAGGAGAGUUUUGAGUUGAAACUUGGAUGAUGAGUGAUAGCUGGGUAAUUCAUAGGCGUAAUAAGGAUGUGUAUAUGAGAGACAGAUUUAGCACUUUGCUUCCUAAUGCAGG